AUGUCAGGUUUCCCAUCUCUCCAGCCCGCCUUCACAGUCCGCGUCGACAUCGAUGCGCCGAUGCAAGUCGGAGGUCAGCACGGCCCUCAAUUGGUUGUUGUUCCGAUGGUCUCUGGCACGGUGAAGAGUGAGGAGGGCUUUGAGCCGAAGUUAGACGGAGAAUUACACGGUGUCGGUUACGACUACAUCCAUAACGACGCUGAUGGCGGAAACAUGCGCUUGGAUGUGAGGAGUCAAGUCAAGAACCAUGACGGCACGAUUCUGGCAAUGUACUACAAGGGUACUGUGAAGCUUACACCGGGUGUUGGGAAAGUGCUGUCUGGUGCAUCGGAUGCUAAGACUACCGACUAUGGCGACUCAUUUGUCAACUUCACUUUCGAGACCGGCAACGAGAAGUACAAAGAACUUCAGAAUGGAACGUAUGUUGCUGCAGGUCACUUUGUAGCGGGCGAGGGAAAGCCGGGCGUCGUGGUGGAGUAUAAGGCAGAAUGUAGGAGAGUUUAG